GCCCACUUUGAUACCACCGAGCAGUGCGCCCGCUCUGAUGCGAUUGCGCGCGCGCGGGAGUCCAUGGCAGCCUGGCCUGGCCUCCGCGGGCCUCCGAGGGCCGCCGAGGGCCGCCGAGGGCGCCGUCGAGGGCCGCCGCGGGCCGCAGGCCGGGCGAGCCGCCCGGGGAGCCCGGCCUCUGAGCGCGCGCGCACCCUGCGCGGUGCCGCCUGGCGCCGCUUCGUCGCGCCCGGCACGGCUGCGCUGCCCCCCAGGAAGGAAGGGGAGCCUGGCGCAUGCCAGGCCAGCGGCUUGCCGCCGCGGACGGCCCGCGCGCCCCGCGCAGCCCCCCCGUGGAGCGGCCGCUAG